AUGGCGACGCUCGUGCUCGUGGCGCGGAGCGCUGCCGCCAGCGCGUACGAGGCGCAGCGCCUGCUGUCGGGCUCGCCGCUCGGGGAAGCGGCCCGCUUCCUGGAGGCCGUCGCGCUGGCGGGCCACCGCGACAACGAGCUGAUGUAUAACUUCGGCGACGCCGCCGCGGAGGCAGCGGACGGCCUGGACGCCGACGCGGUCGCGCAGGUGCUGCACGCGCACGCUCUGCUUCAGUUCCGGAACGACCGCGUGCUGGAGCGGCUGGAGGCCACCCUCUUCGAGCUCAUGCGCCAGUCGAAGGCGACGGCCGCGGCGCUGGGCACCUCGGUCUGGAGCCUGGCGCGGCUGCACGCCGCCGGGCUCGCGGCGGCACCGGCGGGGGAGCUCCUGGACGCGGUGUCCCGCAUGGCGUCGCAGCACAGCGCCCUCUUCGCGCCGCAGCAGCUGUGCCAGGUGCUCGACGCGUACGCCGUCUUCCGGCUGCAGGGCACCCGGCAGGGCCCCGCGAUGCUGUCGAGCGUGGCCAGCAAGCUCGCGGGCGACAUCCGCUCCGUGUCGCCGGGGCAGUGCGCGGGCGCUGCGCGGGCCCUCGCCAAGUGCCGCCUGCACGACGAGCGGCUGCUGGCCGCCGUGGCCGGGCGGCUGCGCGACCGCGACGCCCGUGCCGCGCUGGACCCGGACGUGGCCCUGUUCGACCUCCUGUCGGUGGAGGCGAGGCGCAAGCUGCACCUGAUGGGGGUGCCGCUGAUCAGCGGCGUGCUGGCGUCCUUCGCCAAGGCGGGGGUGUCGUGCCAGGUGCUGGCCGCCCGCGCGGCGGCGCAGCUGAAGCGGCAGUCGGGCGCGCUCGACGCCGCCUCCGCGGCCGAGCUCACCGUCCUGGCGAUGGCCUUCGGGAAGCUGCAGGCGCGGGACGGCAAGCUCUUCGAGGCUCUUGGCGACGCGCUGAUGCGCCGCAGGGGCCCCGCCAUCACCGAGGAGCCCUGCGUCAUGCUGGCCAACAUCGUGCACGCCUUCACGAAGGUGCACGCCGUGCACACCGAGCUGUUCGGGGCCGCCUCGCAGGCGCUGCUGGCCCGCUUCGAGGAGCUGUCCAUGCAGGACAUGGUGAAAUUCCUCCAUGGGAUCGCCAAGGUCGAGUACCUGAUGAACCCCAUCCUGCGGCAGCGCGUGGCCGAGGCCCUGAACUCGGACCGUGUAGACAACCUCGGCGUCUUCGAGCUCCUGAAGCUGGCCACCGCGGCGAGGAGGCUGGGCAUCGACAUCCCGGCCCUCGAGGGCCGCGUCAAGGCGGUCCUACCCUGCGAGCCCGGGGGAGAGUCUGGCACCAGCCCUGGACGCGCGCCGGUGCGCCGCGGCGUGAGGCGCACGAGCGCCCGCAAGCGCAAGUGGACUUGGUGACGGGGCGCCCCAAAAAAACGUUGGCUGGCGGCACUGCGCGCGACGACGAG